CUCCUAUCAGACAGGCCUUUCUGUUCUUGAGCAGACACAGGCUUUUACUCUUUUCUGAUAAUCUUAGUUAGGGCAAUACCCCUUUUAAUAUCCUUUCUUUCAUUAAGUAUAAGCCAAAUUUGAUGUAGACAAUAAUUUUCACAUUAUUAUUUAUGCUUAAUUUAAAAAAAUAUUUUCAUUACUGAGAUGGUUAAAGUGUUCUUUUACGUCAUCAUCUGAGUCUUCUCUUUCUCACUGAGGAAGAAUGCUGUGAGUUGAGUCCAGGAUCUCAUACAUGCUGGGAAUCACACAGCCUCCAGAAAAAUCAAAGUGAACUGAAAGCAGCUUCUAGAGCAGUUGUUUUUCCCCAGAAGACUGGAGUCUGACUGGAGAUGGCCCAGCACCAUCUGUGGAUCUGGUUCCUUUGCCUGCAAACCUGGUCUGAAGCAGCAGGAAGAGAUGCAGACUCGAUGGUGGUGACCGGGAUUCUUGGGGAGUCAGUUACUUUCCCCGUAAAUAUUCAAGAAUCACAGAAAAUUGAUUACAUUGCCUGGAUUGCUCAGUCAUCUGUUGCUUCUAUAAAACCAGGAGUCAAUAGAACUGAAGUUACUGUAACCCAGGUCAGUUAUAAAGGACGAAUAGAAGUCAUAGGUAAGAAGUAUGACCUGGUCAUUAAAGACCUGAGGAUGGAAGAUGCAGGAACUUACAAAGCAUACAUCAUUGAAGAGAACCGUGAGAAUAUCAUCACUAAGAUCUACCACCUUCAUGUCUACAGUCGGCUUGAAAAACCAAAAAUUAGACAGAGUUGGAUACCAUCUUUGAACAAUACCUGUAAUGUCACACUGACAUGCUCUGUGGAGAAAGAAGAAAAGAAUGUGAAAUACAGUUGGAGUCCCUCUGGAGAGAAAAGCAAUGUCCUUCAAAUCUUCUACUCCCCCAUGGACCAAAAAUUGACUUACACGUGCACAGCCCAGAACCCUGUCAGCAACAAUUCUGACUCUGUCACUGUCCAGCAACCGUGUACAGACACUCCAAGCUUCCAUCCUCGCCAUGCUGUGCUGCAAGGGGGACUGGCCUUGCUCUCUCUGCUUAUUCUCAUUCCGGUGUUGGCGCUUCUGUUCCAUUUGUACAAGAGAAGGCGAGAUAGGAUUGCCUUGGAAGCAGAUGGUGUCUCAAAGAAAACAGUAUACUCUGAACUUUUAAGAGAUACUCGUCUCACAGAGUCCAGAAUCUAUGAUGAACUUGAUCAGUCCAAGAUGAUGAAAACCAACAUGAAGAACAAAAGACCACCCAAGACUUUGGGUAAUGAAAAUGUUGUCUAGGUGAGCAGGCCAUAUUCUCCCUCAGAAACUGAGUUAAAACCACUGUGAGAGCAGGUGUCCUGAAGACCUAAGCAGAACACUGCAAAUCACCACACUCCAACAUAUAAGCAAAGCAGGAAACCUUCUGCUGUUGGGCAUUCCUUGUACCCAUGUGGGAUUAUGAACACUUUCUCUAACUCACCUAAUCCUUUUGAAAACAUUUUCACUUCACUAGUCAUAUAAAAAUUGAUUUUUUAAAUAAAAAUUUUUAUUGAACAUA